CAUACAUCCACAUUUUGAUUCAGAACUUCAGCCAUUCUUUGGAGUGAUUGACGGUGUUGUUGCAGUCUAUUCAGAGGAAGGAUGAAAUCAACAAUGUCUACUUCAAAUAUGAUUGUUCCUGAAGUUCUUACAAAAUAUAAUUAUGGACUUUGGAAGACUUUUAUGAAGAACUAUUUGGUAGGUCAAGGGCUUUGGGACAUUGUGGAUGGAAUUGAAUGUAAACCUGAAGAUACCACUAUACCAGAGUUCAAGAACUGGAGAGAAAAAAAUGGAAAGGCUCUCCACGCUAUUUUAAUUUCAUGUGAAGAUGAAUUUUUAUCUUUCAUUAACAUGACGGACUCAGCCAAGGAUGUUUGGUAUCAGUUGUUCGAAAUGUUCCAAGGAAGAACCAGCCAAUUUAGAGAUGUGGAUCGGAUAGCAGACGACUCAGUCAAUGCUACAAGGAACCGGGCCUUAUAUAAGGCUGUGUUUUGGGGUGACUGGGAAAGAACAAAAGCUCUCCUGGACGAAAAUCCUGUAGACUCCUUGACUGCAAUUAUUUCACCAGCAGGUGGAACGGUUCUUCAUGUUGCAGUUGCAACUGGGCAUUUGAAAAUAGUAGAAAAGUUGGUGGAGAUGAUGAGCCCAGAAGCCAUUUUAGCCAGAACCACACAAACAAAGUCGUUGAAUUUAACUCCACUUGGCUACGCUGCUCGUUCAGGAUUAACCAAGAUUGCAGAGGUCCUGGUGAAAAAGAAUAAUUAUGCCUUGCGAAUCAGAGACAGCAAGUUUGGGCUUAUCCCAGUUGCUGCGGCUAGCUGGUUUGGACAUAAGGACACCACACGAUACCUUUACGCAGUCACUAUGAAGGAAUCAUUGAUUGAGGGAGACUGCAAAAGUGGUGCUGCACUUCUUAAUACUGCAAUUUGGCAUGAGAUGUACGAUAUUGCUAUUGAUCUGCUUGGCCACUACCCACAAUUGGCUUUUGCUCAAGAUCACCUUGGAUCGACGACUAUUCAAGUGUUGGCACAAUGUCCAAAUGCAUUUCCCAGUGGAGGAGUAUACAAUACAUGGCAACAGUGGAUCUACACAUGUGCCCCAACCUACAAUGAAAGAGAUAUAUCCAGUCCUGACGUGGGUGACACAAAAAGAGAUCACUUUACCAUUGAAGUUAGCCGCUUGUUGUAUGGAGUAGUUUGGAGUGCACUCAACCUAUUAGUCCCAGGUAUCAAAAGCAUUCAAAGUAAGAAGAGAAUUCAUGUCCAAGCCCUUAAAGUACUCAAAUGCAUUUGUUCCCAACUUUCCACCAUGGGUGAACGAGAAUUUGAAAAAGUUGGAGUUUAUGAUGGCCUUUUCAGUGCCACCACGCUUGGGAUUGUUGAGAUAGUCAAAGAGAUUACAGAGAUAAAUCCUAAAUUAUUUUUCAUUCUGAAUAAAAAAGAUCAAAAUAUAUUUUCAGUUGCAAUUCUGUGCCGGCAAGAAAAAAUCUUCAAUCUCAUCCACGGAAUUGACGGACAGAUGAUUUUCUUCUCAUCUUCACUAGAUGAUGUCGGGAACACCAUAUUACAUCUAGCUGGAAAAUCUCCUCUUUUCUCUGAUGAUCAAGAUGAGAUGCCAGGUGCUGCUUUGCAAAUGCAACGAGAGCUGCAAUGGUUUCAGGAGGUGGAGAAAUUAGUACCAUUUGCUAGAGAAACUCGCAACUUAAAGGGAUUGAAACCACAAGAGGUGUUCACAGAGGAGCACAAAGAAUUAGUAAGAGAAGGGGAGAUAUGGAUGAAGGAUACUGCAAAUUCAUGUAUGGUUGUUGCCACACUAAUUGCAGCUUUUACAUUUUCAGCAGCUUUUACUGCACCUGGAGGAAGUAACCAAGAGUCAGGGUUUCCCAUUUUCCUGAGACACAAAGUAUUCUUGCUUUUUAUAAUAUCAGAUGCUUUAUCACUCUUCUCUUCUGCAACUUCACUGUUAAUGUUUCUAUCCAUCUACACAUCACGUUAUGCUGAAGAAGAUUUCCUCAAGUCAUUACCAAAGAGAUUGAUAAUUGGUCUCUCCACCCUCUUCUUCUCUAUUGCAACAAUGAUGAUGGCCUUUUGUGCAACCCUAUUUCUUAUCCUCACUAAACAGUUUAUUUGGUUUGCCAUUCCCAUCACUUUCCUUGCUAGUGUCCCAGUUACAAUGUUCCUUUUGUUGCAAUUUCCCCUCUUUCUUGACAUGGUUCUUUCCACAUAUCGUCCUGGAUUAUUCAAUAUGCCCAAGAAAAAAUAAGACUACUUUGGCAUACUAGUUUGUGGGCGCCUUGUUCUAUCAUGUUUGUAAGCCUCAAAUAAUCACAAUAAAAAAAAAUAAUAUUAUUGAGGCCUUUUAUCAAGCAGGUGGUGGUCCUUUUUUCCUUGCACUCAAUUUAUGUCAAAUAGUAUUGUUUCACAUACUUUCUCUUGUUGACACUUACUGUUGGUUUGCUACAAUAAUAAGACCGCUCUAUUUAGAGAA